AUGUUUUGGACGGUUGAAGCGUUUGAAAAUAUUCUGAGCAGAUUUAUUAAGAUUGAGGUGAGUCAUUAAAUUUUGAAAUUUUUCGAAAAACUAGAUUUUUUCAGGAGAAAAUCGAUCUUGACAAAAAUGAAGUGUUGAAUCGAAAAGAUGCAAUAAAACUGCUUCAAAAAAUGGGAAAACUGGGAGAUUUCCAAUCUCCAGAGGAGCUUCUGCAAAACAUCGAAGAGUUGCAAAACUUCCCAAACAACUCGGAAUUUUUGGGAAUCUCGGAUUUGAAUCAUUUAUCAAAGCGAAUUGAAAUGAAAGAUCGUGAAGGAAUUCGUUUUUGCACAAAACUUGAAGCAUUUACUGAUUUAUAUGAUAAACAAUUGUACAAAUGGCCAAUUUAUCCGAUCGCAAAAAAAUUUGGAAAAGAAGAAUUGUGGGAAAAACAUGGAAAUUGUUUCGAAAUGAUUUCAAUUGAUCUUUUUGAAGAAAGAAUUCAUAAAGAAGUGUCGAUGUUUGAAGUUGAAACUGCAGAAGAAUGGGGGAUCCUUCUAGAUUACAUGUUCACAUCGAAUUGGUUUACCAGAAAAUAUCCAAUUCUUCGAGUUUUCAAUGAAAAUGGUCGAUUUUUUAUGGAAAAUGAAGUUAAAAAUGUGCUCGGCCUCCCAAAAGGUGAAUUUUGAAUAUAAAUUAGGUAAAGAAAAAUCUUAUUGUUUUUUGUAGAUUCAACUUAUGAAGAAAAUGGAAUAAUUCGUGCCAUGGAAUUUGAAGAUUUUCUCAAAAUCUUGGAUAAAUUGAAAUUAUCGAUUUUUGACUUUCACCUAAUCGAUAUCGAUUUUUCGAAAACUUCAAAUGGUCGAAAUAUUCCUGUCAAUUCGCCAAAUGGAAAAGCUUGCAUUCUGGCGAAAUUCGCGUUUUUGGAGGGUUAUCAUAUUGAGUUUCAAGAGGAAAAGGAACAACGAGUAUUUAUUGAAACUUGGAGAUUGGAACCGAAAAAGAUUGGAGAAAACACACCGAAGAAAGCAAGCCAGGAAUUUAUGAUAAGUCAAAGAUUUGCAAUGAAGCCCGGAAGAUUUUUUGAUAUGAUAUUUACCACGAAAAAAUCACCGCAAAAUCAGGAUGAUUUGAUUGAUAAUCAUCGACGUGCAUUUAUGAAAAUUUUGCCGAAAAUCCCAUUCGAUAAAUUUGUAGAAAGAAGUUUUUUGGAAAAACUGAUCGAUGAAGAGAUGUCAAAACAUAUGAAUAAAACUGUACGUAUCUAUAAUGUUGAUUUUUUCAAAGUUUUCCAAUUGGAAGCCGAAUUUUUGGAUGUGAAAAAUGAUGCGACAAAUCGACAAUUUGUUCGUAGAAAGCGUGUCCCUCAAAAACCACCAGCACUUCCACACAACAAAAAUAUGGCUGAAAUUCUGAAUAAAAGUGUUAUGGCUGGAUUGAUGAAUGAUAAUGGAGAAUAUUCGAAAAAUGGAGGAGGAAAAGAGAAUAUUGAGAAGUUUAUGAAGGAAAAAGUGGCGAAAGAAAUGGCGAAAAAUAUGAGAGAGAUGGAAAAUAAUGGAAAUCUGGAUCCGACAACGAAAAUAGUGUUUGAUUUGAUGAAAAUGUAA